GCUGUUCAAGUGUUUAUAUCACACCUGCACUGGUUAACGCAGUUACUGUGGUACAUUUUCUGAGCAUUCAUCAGCCGUAGAAUUACCACCACUAUCUCUUGGUUAGCAUGCUUUCAUGUCCUUAAGAUACUAAGAUACAGAUUUAAUACUUUCCUGGGGAUAAACACUCAUGUGAGAAUAACUGACCUAAUUUAGCAUCUAGAAAGAAUUACUAGGAAAAGGUUUAGGCAAAACUUUCCUUGUACAACUCCAGGCACAGGCAACACAGUUUUUUGCCUCAUCACAGAUAAAAAAAUCGUCCUCUGCACUAUGGCUGGCUCGUGCCAAGGCCAAACACAGUUUACAUCUGUGACUUGUAAGGUGCUUUGCCUUUCAGGCUGAGCUUAAAGUUUUGUUUAAAACCUAAACCUUCACUGUAAAAUGCACUGACAAAUUCUCGCUCUCCAGAGAUUAACUCCCACCUCUAAGUACCUUGCGUUACUGUGUGUAAUCUUCAUCUGUACUUGAUAGAGCAGCAUUUCAGUGUUGGUAUUGACACUUCAGAGCUUGGCACAGCACUGGCAUGAAACUGAGCAGCAUACAGACUAGCAAGUAGAGAGGUCCAACUCCAUGUGCUGCCUGCACUUUGUACCUUUCUUCACAGGUUAGGCCCACGUUCAAAGUGCCAAAGCUCUUGAAAGCAAUGGAAAUUAAGUACCUAGACAUCUUUAUUACUCAGGACUCGGUCCUCGAAUCCUUUAGUCUCAACAUACGGGUUUACAAGUUCUCAGGAAAGGGUAAGUCCUGUACAGUUCCUCGCAUCACCCUUUCUGCUGCUGUCCUCUAUACAGCUCCUGCUUGAAAAAUCCACAGGAACCAGCAAAAGGUCCCGUGCAUCCCAGUGCUGCAAAAUUCGAACCUUCACUUUUGCACAGAUCCAGUAUUAGCACGUAGGAGGCUGACCCAAGCAAGGUGAAGUGUUUUAUUUUUUACCUAGCUCCUCAUCUGUGUAGAAGCCUAUUGAGAAACUGAGUGUGUGGUUCGGCUUUGUCAGCUUUAGCAAUCCAUUCUAGACAUGCCAUUUCUCAGUGAUAAAUUGUUUUUAAUUCACAAAAAAAGUGAAGUGCUUUCUCUUUUUUUCCUGCUUUUGUACUAAGAUCAUGUUUAAGCAAGCUACUUACUCAUUACUCCAGUUAUAGUCAUUUAUGGAAAGACCUGUGUGCAGGGCUAAUCAUGGCAUAUGACAAAAAAACACCCCAGCUGUAUUUUGUAAGUGUAAAAGGACCAAGUUACCAUAGCACAGAAGCACAAAUGUUGGAUUUUAUGCAAUAUAGAUAAUAGCAUCCGGCAGCUAGUGAUCUCUCUUCACUAUUUUGAGUGGAGCUUCUAUAGGGAUAUGACGAAAGGGUCUCCUCCUAGUGGCCCUCACCAGCAACAUGCCUGGGAUGCCAGGAAGUUGUACAGCUGCAAGGAAGAAGUCUUACAUCCUCUUUCUGUUGUUUCCACUAAUCCCCCUCAGAACAUAUACUUUAUAUGUGACACUAAUAUUAUACUAAACAGAUUUGGCCAAAUGUGCAGUGCUGGCUAUUUAAAAAGAAAAAAUGAAAACACACAUGGCCUAAGUAUGCACCAGUCUUUUCACUUAGUGCUCAGAGGUCUCCAAGCUGAAAACUAAAAGCAGAGGGAAAAAGAAAUGCCCUAAUUCUGUGGUUAUUAGUGGAGCUGCACUGUAUGAUCCUGGAUUAAUGCAAUAAUGAGCUUGCCUGUGGAACCAGAUCCCUCAAAUUCCAAUUUUUGGCAAAAUCACAAGUUGAGGUUUGCAUAGUCUCUACUGCCACAUUGAAUCAGGGUUUAUGGAAAGCAUUUUUGGUUAAGAAACAUGGCAACAGGAUCUAUUUCAAUCCUUUUACCCCAACAUCCCACUUUUCAAAAGGUAGUUUAUGUACUUCCAUAAAUUUCAUCUAAAUACCAUGGAGCACCAGGGCCCUGUUUCCUCUCCAUGCAUUUGGUCCAUCUGAGCUGAAGUGCCAUGUUUUCACAAGAAGCAAGCUGCAGUGAGAGAACUGAGCUAGCAGAGAGGCACAGGUACACAGAUUAAAGCAAGGGACAAAUAUCACCUCCACAAGCCGGCUGUGGCUCCUGAGCCACCCACUCUGCAGGGGAAGGCAGGAUUCGAUACCAAAGGGGAAACAGCCAGGAAGGGCAGAGCAUGGUGGUGACAGAGCCCUGUACUGCAUGCUGUUUGCUGGCGCAGAGGGGAGCAAGAGAUUAAAAAGUACGCAAUGACAGCAGCAAGCACCUUCUUUCAGUUCCUCCCACUUUCUAUUCUCUGCCUCUUUUCUCUCCCCACUUUUUAUCAUUAUUUGUGAGACUGCAAGCAUACUUCUGUGGGCCCUUCAACCAGAACUGAAAGUAAGCCAAAGGGAGUGGACACUCCAUUUCACCAAAGAUCUAAGACUUUCCUGUUUGAAAAUUAGAAAAAUAAAAUUUUAUUUCUAUGAUGAUGGCUGCCACAGGAAGCAUUUUACCACAAAACAUGAUUCCCAGGACUUAAUCUCUCUAGCUGUAUAUUCAGGAGGAGUCAAUAGUAUUUUUUAAGAGAGACUAUAAAUCACCUUGUCAAGCAAGUGCUUGCAUGGGGUUUACCUUCUGCUGAUUUGAUACCUAGUUGCAAUUCCUUGGUCUCAUCCGUGUUUCCUCCCUCUACCUUUCUGCUCUUCUUUAGAAAAACACCUCCCUGUGUCUGCUGCGUCCUGUUGUGCCGCUAGCUUUGUAUGGUCCUUGGGUGUCCAGUGGUCGGGCAGUCACUGUCAGCUGGCUUGCAAAUUGUAUUUUGUGUAUAUUUUAUUCUGAUUGAAUUCUGAAAUGGAAAUAUUUUAAAACAAAAAGUAUAAACUAUUUAUGUUGUUUGUGUUGUAGAAUAAAGAUUCAAAUGCAAAAUAAAUUAUGCUCUGGUUCUAACAAAAGUUACUUUACAGUUCCUGAUGAAGCAAAGGAACAGAACUGAGAAAGAGCCUGAAACAUGUGAUAUGUACCAGCAGGGACUGCAGUUUUCAUGAAUCACAUGGGGAAUUUAGUCACACUUGAACUGCUGGGUUUUUUUGAUGGCAGGGGAUAUCAUUAAAGAGGGAUCAUUAGCUGAGAGCAGCCCAGCUGGGUCGAGGCUGGGAGGCGGGGACGCAGUUGCAAGCAGUGAAGCAAGGUGGAGGCACGAAGAGAGAAGACCAGAUUAAUGAAAGCAUGAGGUGGCUCUUGGGCAGCAGCUUGAAAAAAUUUGGACACGCUGACAGGGGAAACUAUGACUGGCUAAACAGUGAACCAGGUGGGCCACUUCUGGAAACAGAGCUUCAGAGCAGACAACAGACGAGUUCAACCAAAGACGACAUAGAACCAUUUCUGUGCAUCAUACUGCCUGCCACCAUGAUGCUCUUCCUGGCAUUCCUGCUGCUCUUCCUGUACCGCCGUUGCCAGCGCCCCACUCAACAGGGGCAGAUCUUCAGCAUCGACCUUCCUGAGGCCCUGCCUGAACAUGAUGUGUCCAAUUUCCUUUCUGCGCUGCCCUGGAACAGUGAACAGAGUUUCCACUACUCCACGCUGGUCCCUGAUGCCACAUUCCUCUCUGUGUGUUUGCCUCCAUCAUAUGAGGAGGCCACCAUGAAGACUUCUAUGGAAGAGGCUCACACUGAGCUCUCUCCAGACCCAGUGCCUCCUUAUGAAGAGAGCAUACUGCAGACCAGCAGCGCCGAAUAAACUUCCUAUGGAAGCACCUUAGCUGACGCAUGCAACCCCUCAAGCCACAAAGGUAGAACUGCUAUGGCCUUUAAAACUUGUGAAAAGAUUCCAAAUGAGGCACUAAACCAAUGAAUUUAUGCAGGAAGAAACUUGAAGUAACAGGGAAUGACUCUCUUCACCUCAUCCUAGGACUCUUUACCUUUCAUUUGUGGCAAGUGUACGCAUGGUGUAGCAUCAAAUCUGACCCAGACUGGCAGCAUGGGUAUUCCAGCUAACAAACAUGUCAUGAAAGGAUUAAACUUAAGGAAAGUUGAGAAGCUGUUCCUCUGCCAUCCAUCAGCUACAAGGAAAUAAUGCUAUAGAUUCACUUAUCACAAAAAGGGCUUUUAGCACAUAUCUAUUCCAGUUUGGAGUUUUUUCUUUUUUAUGUGUUUAUUUUCAAUUGAGUCUUUGACAAGCUUAGUCACUCUACCUGUGUGUAUUAACAUAACAUCAUUCUGCAGUGCUCUGGAAUGAUCACAACAACUCUCAGGAAAGCAAAUAAAUAUAUAACAUAUACAAAAUAUCCAGCAACUGUCCCCGAAGAUUCAAACAUAGACUGUGGAUAAAAGCUGUCUUUUCUCACAGUUGAACAAUGAGGACAAUCAGAGAAGAUCUGAUUGUUCUGGGUGUGGAAGACUCCAUACAACAGUCUUACAAGAGCACAUUCAUACUAUUGCUGCAAACUACCCGCCAAGGUCUGCAAGGUCCCAAUGUUCCAGACUACUCACUUGACUUCUUUUCCAAUUUACAAGUCUAAAAUAAUAAACUGUGUGACUUGUUUGGUGCAGUGUGUAAAGAAGUUGGAAAAAAACCUAAUAAAUUCAAAUGCACCAACAAAAUCUGGUCUGUAU